GGAGUGUUCCAGGUCAAACCAGCAACUGAGAACUCUCUGAGGAUCCUGACUGCUGUCAUUGAUGGCAUGAGACACUGGAGCCAGUUCAAGGACAUAGCCCCGUACCUAUUCACGAUUUUCGGUAAGUUUUCAUACAAGUCUGUCUCGUCACUAACAUUGUAUUUACUAUUACCUGUACUGUAUUUACAAAAUGUGUGUAUGUUAUUCUAUUUUAUUAUUUUCUAAUCUAUUCUAUGUUCCUCCCACAGCUACUCUUGACUCUGCAGUCACCGCCGGGUCUCAUGGAGCUAAGAACUUCCUCAUGAGAGAUGGGAAAGAGGUGAUGCAGUGUGUCUUCUAUGAAAAUGUGAGUCAGAAAAACACUUCCUCUUUAAUAGGAAAGUGAGACAUACAAUAGCAGGUCAAGGGCUGUCGAGUUAAUCAGAGGACAACAUUAUAUUACUUAAUGUUCACCAAAUGAAUUGGAGUUAUUUUUAAGGCCAAAAAAACAAUAUUUUCAACAUCAAGAACUUUGUAGAUUAGAAUUUUAUUUCCACAGGAUUCUUACCAACUGCUACUGAUCAUCAGCGUCAUAAAGCAGUAGUUUGUUUUGAUAUGGCUUGAGGAUAUGUAUUCUCAAAUCGUACUGUUCCUCCAGGGUGGAUACCCAUUAUGUUAAAUUUUACAGUGUUGUGCUGGACGUAUACCCUUUGUGUCUGACCCAUCUCUGCUCCAUCCCCACCAGGAGCUGGACCUUCCCAGGCUGAUCCGAAGCCAGGUGCACCACUGUGUGGGAAACUACAACCGCACCAGGGACACACUCACCUGCAUGUCUGUCAGGGCCGCUCUGCCCUCAGAGCAGAGGAACGCACAGGAGUCUGUCAAAGCAUCGGACGCUGAGAUGAGGGGCCUGGUGAAAUCACUCAGUGAAGUUUGA